AUGCCCACCACAGCUCCAGAGAAACCAAGACCAGGUACCUCUAGCAAAUCGUUCUUUGGCAGAAAAUUAUACAAGGAUAGGCAGACAGAUGAUGGAUAUGCUGCUUCUUUAAACUCAACCGCAGAAACACAGUCAAUCACAGGUAGUCUCGCUGGGUCACGCAGUUCGCGGUAUUCGACGAGGGGGUCUAUCAGUUCAUUUGACGCUGACGAAGCCGCCGCUGUCGCUGCUCUCAAUUCGAAUGCCGGCAUAAUUACGUCCAUACCCUUUGAUAGUAUGCCUUCGGAUUCAAAGACUCCCAUACCCGUCGAUUAUCUUCCCAAACAAGAAGCAAACGCUCGCCGAGAGCCUUCACCCAGUCAUCUCGGGAAGUCCGGCGCCGAUUUUCACCAGUAUCAAGCUUGGGACUCGAGACCUACAUCCUCACAGAGCUCCGCUACACCCACAAUGACCGGGCCUCGCCCCCCUCCGCACGCCUCGAAUUUGACAAUGACGAGUAGUUCUACUGGGGACCGCGGAACUAGGUAUCAACAAUGGGGAAGGCCUGGUAGUUCUGCCGCAAAUAACAGCUUUACCUACGCCUCUGGCAGUUAUGCUUCAGCCGAUUCGUCGUCUGCUUCGAGAGUCUCUCUCGAUCAAGCUAGUGUCCAUUCGUCGCAAUCAUCCUCCGCUACACGAACCUCAUAUUUCUCCGACAGCAAUUCCUCCCGCACUCUCACCACUUCGUAUUCUAGCGGCGAUCGAAAUACUUCAUAUCAAAGUGGAGGUCGAUAUUCAAACGCGCAGGGAUGGCCAACAUCGCAGCAGCCACAUGUUGUCACCCCUUCGCCAUCGAUAUCGUCUGUAGCGUCAGGGGAUUAUUUAUCACGGCCAAAGGAUGAUCGCAUGGUUGACCAGCUUUUUCUCGAGCUGAUGCAGAAACGAGGCUGGCAAAAUUUACCAGAACAAGCCAAAAGACAGAUGCUCGCGUAUCCUGCUUCCAAAAAAUGGACGCUUGUUCACCAAGAUCGGUUGACCGAGCUCCAAGGGGAGCAGAGACGACGUAACAAUGCCCGGCUCACCCACGGCUACGAUGGUGGCUCUCAUUCUGUGAUAGGCCGAGCCGAUGAAGAGGGAAGCCCAGAGUGGUACGUGAAGAAAGUUAUGGAUGAUACAAUUACUUCGAAACAAUUAGCCAGUUUGAGUGUCAGUCUGCGGACGCAACCUAUUAGUUGGGUCAAAGCUUUUGUUGAAGCUCAAGGCCAGGUCGCUCUGACCAAUGUGUUACUGAAAAUCAAUCGCCGCAAGACUGCCGGACCAGGGCCUGUAGUCUCAAGCGCUGACAAGGAUCUCGAACGUGAAUACGACAUUACCAAAUGUUUGAAGGCCUUGAUGAACAACAAGUAUGGUGCGGACGAUGCUCUGGCCCAUCAGCAGGUUAUCGUUGCGCUGGUUAGCUCCCUGCUGUCACCUCGACUGCAAACUCGAAGAAUUGUCAGCGACGUACUUACUUUCCUCUGUCACUGGGGCGAUGGGCAAGGCCACCAAAAGGUUCUGCAAGCAAUGGACCAGGUCAAAAGCCAUCAAGGGGAAACGGGUCGAUUUGAUGCCUGGAUGCGUAUUGUCGAGGUGACAAUUGACGGCCGUGGCAAGAUGGGCAGUCUUGUGGGUGCGAGUGAAGAGUAUCGCAGCGGAGGUGUAGGCAUGGAGAAUCAACUCAUGGAAUACGCUGUUGCGACUAUGAUGAUGAUCAAUAUGCUUGUGGAUGCGCCGCAAUAUGAUCUGCAGCUGCGAUGUCACAUUCGAGCCCAAUUCAUAUCCUGUGGCAUCAAGCGCCUACUCACGAAGAUGGAAGGCUUCCAAUAUGAAGUCAUUGAUAAACAGAUUGAACGAUUUCGGGAGAACGAGGCUAUUGACUACGAGGACUUGUUGCAACGAGAGGCUAGCAGUGCCAAGGAUAGCGUUGAAGGGGAAGUCAAGGACAUGACUGACCCUACACAGAUUACCGAUGCAAUCAACGCGAAGUUACGGGGUACGCGAGCAGGAGAUUAUUUUCUUUCUGCAAUGCAACAUAUGCUUCUUAUACGGGAAAAUUCUACAGGCGAAGAUGGGUUGCGCAUGUUUCAACUGGUCGAAGCUAUGCUUAGCUAUGUUGCUAUGGAUCGUCGGCUGCCGGAUCUAGAUCUCCGCCAGGGAUUGACGUUUACAGUGCAAAACUUGCUGGACAAGUUGCAUACAGAUGCCGAAGCCAGACAUGCGUACGACGAAUCUUUGGAGGCUCGUCAAGUUGCUGAGGCCGCUAUUGCCGAGCGUGAUGAAAUGAAAGCGCAGAUCGAACUCGGAGCGGAUGGUCUAGUCAAGAAACUGCAAAAACAGAUUGAUGAACAGGCCAGUGUUCUCGAGUUACAAAAGCGCCGAAACGAGGCUCUCGAGUCCGAACUUAACGACCUUCAUCGUCUGAGAGCGAAUGAAUUGCAACGGAAUGAGUUGGAGACCCGCGAAUUGUACCUCAUGCUUCGGGAUGCGCAAGAUAUUGCCGCGUCCAAUGCAAAGAAACAGGCGGCUGAAAAUAAACUAGGAGAAACUGAUCCGGCACAAAUGAGAGGUAUCCUUGAUCGCGAGAGACUCCUUGAAAGGCUCGAACGUCAACUUGAGCGAACAAAGACUCAGUUCAAGCUUGAGGGCAAGGUUUGGAAUCAAGAUGGCCCGUCAGACCGUCUGCGCGAGCUCCGAGAACAAAUGGAAGGCGUUCUCGCGCAGCCAGAGGAGGAAUUUGAAAAGAAGACGCGACAAACCCUAACUCACAGCACUCUUGGAUCUGUCACGCGCAAGAAGGUUCCCUCAAGUGAGCAAGAGGCACAGCAUCUUCCCGAAGUCAGUGAGACGGAUGAAGUGGCCGAGGAGAAGGUUACACUAGAGACUUAUGAACGCCCACGCAUGAACCCCAUGCAAGCUACUGGUCUGUUGGGAGAGAUUGCCGCUAAGGUUCGCAAAUACGACUCGGAAGAGGAAGCUGAGGGCGUGAAAGCAGAAGAAAAAGCCGAGACUGCUCCUGAGAAAGGGCCCGAAACUAAAGAUGAUGCUGCUGCUAUUCCACCACCACCACCUCCUCCUCCUCCGCCGCCGCCGCCGCCAUCUUCUGGUGCUAUUCCUCCACCUCCCCCACCACCUCCCUCAUCGUCAGGCGCUAUUCCUCCUCCUCCUCCUCCGCCACCUCCUCCGCCCAUGUCAGCUGGUGGUAUCCCUCCUCCUCCGCCUCCACCUCCUCCUUUUGGUAUGGCUGGAGGUAUACCACCACCUCCCCCUCCACCCCCGAUGUCUCCUGGUGUUCCACCACCACCGCCGCCGCCUGGUCCUCCUGGUGCCGCUGUUCCUGGCGCUUGGCGAGCAAACUAUAUGUCACAACAAAACCAAUCAUACGGUCCGACAAUCACUAUGCCUUCGAUCAGACCUAAGAAGAAACUCAAGGCUCUUCACUGGGAUAAGAUUGAUACUCCCCAAGUUACAGUAUGGGCCACUCAUGCCCCAACAAACGAAGCAAAGGAAGAGAAAUACACCGAAUUGGCAAAGAAAGGUGUUCUCGACGAGGUGGAGCGGCUGUUCAUGGCUAAAGAGACAAAGAUCCUAGGUGGUGGAAGCGGUGCGCAAAAGCGAAAAGACAAGAAGCAGAUCAUCUCCAACGAGCUGUCGAAAACUUUCCAAGUGGCUUUGGCCAAGUUUUCGCAAACGCCUGUGGACGAAUUAGUACGGAAGAUUAUACAUUGCGACAAGGAUAUCUUGGAGAAUGAUGUCGUUAUGGAUUUCUUGCAACGCGACGAUCUUUGUAAUAUUCCUGAAAAUACGGCCAAACUAAUGGCGCCGUACAGCAAGGACUGGACAGCUCCUGACGCUGCAACAGCGGAGAGAGAGCAAGAUAUGAACGAACUUACUCGAGAGGAUCAAAUUUAUCUGCAAACAGCUUAUGAACUCAACCAUUAUUGGAAGUCUAGAAUGCGCGCGCUAGCAUUGACGAGGAGCUAUGAGAAUGACUACGAUCAUAUUUCAAGCAAGAUUCAGGAAGUGUCCAAAGUUUGCGAUUCUCUACGUGACUCCGUAUCGCUCAUGAAUGUUUUGGGAUUAAUUCUGGAUAUUGGUAAUUUCAUGAACGAUGCCAAUAAGCAAGCUCAGGGUUUCAAGUUGAGUUCGCUUGCACGGUUGGGUAUGGUCAAAGAUGACAAGAAUGAGACUACGUUUGCGGACCUUGUGGAACGUAUCGUGCGUAAUCAGUACCCUGAAUGGGAGGGCUUCCAAGAUGAGAUUGGUGGCGUGGCUGGUGUGCACAAACUCAACAUCGACAAUCUACGUCAGGAUGCUGUGAAAUACAUCAACACUAUUAAGAAUGUGCAGUCGAGCCUUGACUCGGGCAAUUUGAGUGAUCCUAAGAAAUUCCAUCCUCAGGAUCGAGUCAGUCAGGUGGUUCAGCGAAGCAUGAAAGAAGCCAGACGGAAAGCCGAGCAGAUGCAGAUAUUACUUGAUGAUCUAGCAAAGACGUUUGAUGAUAUUAUGACGUUCUAUGGCGAGGAUAAUACGGAUGAAAACUCGCGUCGUGACUUCUUCAGCAAGCUUGCUUCUUUCUUGCAAGAAUGGAAGAAAUCCAGGGAGAAGAACAUAGCGCUAGAGGAGAACCGGAAACGAAUAGAAUCGUCCUUGGCACGCAAACGAGUUAACCCUACACUGGCCAACGGUGGUGGUACAGAUAGUCCUAUUUCGCCGACAUCAAGCGGUGCAAUGGACUCGUUACUGGAGAAACUCCGUGCAGCAGCACCUCAAGCCAAAGAUCAACGUGACAGACGUCGCCGAGCGCGCCUGAAAGAGAGACAUCAAGUACGAGUAGCCUCCGGACAAAAAAUGCCCAAUCUCCUAGGCGCAGAAGCCGAUGACGGCGAGGACGCAUCAAUAAUCUCCACAGCCGAUACAACAAGCGGUGACCUCCUUUCACCACAAGACGACAAGUCAAUGAACGGCCACGAAUCCGUGUCUGAAGGGGAAGACAUCGCCGACCGAGCAGCCAAUCUCCUACAGGGUCUACGCAGCAAUAACACAGACACAGAUGAAGAGCGAACCCGCCGACGAAGGGAAAGUGCCGAAGACGAACGACGAGCGCGGAGAUUGCGCAUGAGAUCUCGCAACACAACCACGAAUGGUACUAAGGACAGUACAGAAGGAUUAUUGCCGUCGUUGAAGGAGACAUCUGUUCCUCCUGACGAACAACAACCGCCACCAACUCCAGCUAUAGUAGUAUCGUCCGAAUCAGGCGAACCUACUACCGAUAAUAAUGAUAAUAAUAAUAAUGAAAGAGAAAAAGAGGACAACAAUGCGAUGGAUGGCUCGAGUCCGGACAGACCUGUGGAAAUAUCCGAUUGAUCCAUCAAUCAAUCAAUGGAAUCUUUGUGUUUUGGUUGUGAAUAAAUAAGUAAAUAGUUUCAUAAGCGAUGACUUAUCUUUUUACCCUUUCGAUUCUCAUUUUUGCAUUCUUUUGCCCCCUUUUUUAUCCAUCGAAUUGAUUUCGAGAUUAUGACUCUUUUGUACAUGGAUUUAAGCUAUUGGCGUCAGUUACAUAGCCCCUUUCUUUUUUCUCUUUCCUCCGAUUUUAUCUGCAUUAACACAAGUGAUACUAUAGCGAUAUUCAUUCUUUUCAGACGCCUUUUUUAUUCGUUUUAUCGUGUGUAAUCUGAUUUGAUUCAUUAUGCCCGUAUGUGGGUGCAUAAAGCACGUGUACACGUUAAUGUACGUACGUACGUAGAGUGUUUACCAGGUACUGCAGUUUUG